UCCGAUUAAAAAGCUUUUCGUUUCAGUUAAAUUGAACGUUAUUGUAGAAGAAUCUUUUAGUUAUUACCGUAGAGUUUUUAAUUAAGAAUAAAAUAAAAUGGCUAUUAAAAAACUGUUAUUUUUAUGUUGUUCAUUUUGGGUGGUUUCGUGUGAAUUGGAUGACCUUGAGGUCGAUUUUGACAAAUUAUUAGUGCAUAUGGAUAUUGGCGAAUCAAAAAAUUGUUCAUUUAUCGUGCGAUCACUAAGUUUAGAUAUAUCAAACAUAGAAAAAUUCAACACAACGAUCAGUGUAGUCAGUAGCAAUUCAGAUAUUGUGCAGGUGUUUACCGAAAUUCUUUCAUUAAAUGAAAUUGAGGGAGAUGAGUUGAGUGGAAUUUUCCAAGCUGAUGCCAUCGACCUCGGAAGUGUAUUUGUUCGUGUGGAAUUGAAACAAGGAAAUCAAACAAAAAUGUCAACCGAACAUAUGGAAAUCAGAGUCUACCGCAAACGUGUAUUGCCGAUAUUCAAAUCUGAGUACCUUUUUUUGUAUCUUCAAUUUGUGCAUUAUUUAUAUAUUACUCUGAAUAUAUGCCUUGGAGUUGUGUUCGAUUUGAAAAAGGCGAAGGAAAUUUUCCGAAAUCCAAUAGUACCAAUCUUUGCAUACGCGUUUGAUUUCAUCAUACUGCCACUGACAAGCUUUGUGCUCGGCAUAAUUUACGUACCAAGCAUCAAAAGUCACUUAUGUAUACUUGGCACCGGACUGGCUGUAAUGAGCGUGGUUCAUGCAUCCAUUCAUUGGACUAUUAUUUUGGGCGGCAACAUUAAUUUGUCCAUUUUAAUAAACAUCAUAACUAAUGUGUCGAGUUUUGUUUUAACCAAUUUGUAUUUCUAUUCGAUAAAAAUUGCCUACGACUACGACAUUGAAUACGAAAAGAUUCUUGGCUACGACGUCAUAAAAAAUGUAUUUCAAUUUGCUAUUCCACUUUGCGUUGGAUUAACGCUUCGAAACUUUUAUCCAACUGCAAUUAAAUAUGCAAUGGUAACUCUCAAGUGGUUGUCACCAUUUGCAGUUUUCAAUUUGCACUUCUUCUACAUAGAAUUUGAUUUGGAUAUAUAUGUUUAUGGAUUAUUUAAUUGGAUGCAAUUUUUGCCGGGACUGCUUUUGGUACUUCUAACCUAUUCGGCUGGCUGGUUUUGGGCGGUAUCAUUAAAACUGAAAAAUGAAGACUCCGUAGCCAUUGUGGUUGAUGCACUCAAUAAAAACAUAUGUUUAGCAAUGUUCAUUGUACAAUCACUUAUUCCACCUAACAACGAUCAACCAGACGUUUAUCCAAGCUCCGUUGUAAUAAGUACAACGUUCAUUUUACUAAUUCAUCUUGUGUGGAAUAAAAUCGGAGAAAAAGCAGCACAAAAUCAAAAACAAAUGAUGGAAACGGAACUUAAACUAAUAAAAUCAUUUAAUGACUAUUCGUUUAAAUAUGAACAACUUGAAGUGAAUGUUUGAGUUUUCGCUUUGUGUUUAAAUCUAAGAAUUUAAAGGAAAAAAAUAAAUCAAAAGAGAACCAGCUUUAUUCACUCUGUAAAAAUAUCAA